UACAAGCCCCUGGUCGAGAAGUGUCGUGGGCCGUGACUACCUACCUUAGAGACGGGCCUACUUCCAGGCACAUGCGCCUUUGCAUAAGGUAGUCUACCUACCUACCUACCUAGAGAUCAUAGGAACUGUCAUCUGUUCCUCGUUCCGAUAUCUCGAAGACGACGUAGAAAUUUCCAUCAUCCACUGAAGGCCUGCCUACCUAACCACCUACCCACCUGGACAUCGAGCCGCCAGAAACCAGAAGUAAAAGCCUCCCAUUUCCCUCCGAACUGCGCGCCAUUGGCCGUAAUGACGACUACAUAUGCCUCACAGCAUCACCGCUCACCCCAUGGCACCCGUCAAACUGCCGAGGGCACCAGGGCCAUGGGCGUUCUGACUGCUAUGCCAUUCGCCCCGACGCCGAGGAGUCCCCUGGGACGGUAUAGGCUUUUGUCACCCACGUCCUCGGUCGGAGUGAGCCCUUUGUGUCUGGGGACGAUGCACUUUGGCGAUUCCUGGAAGGGUGUCAUGGAAUGCUGCGAUCAGAGAACAGCCGAGGAUGUUCUAGAUUUCUUCUUUGAACAAGGUGGAAAUUUCAUAGACACCUCGAACAACUACCAAUGGGAGGGGUCGGAGACGUGGAUUGGAGACUGGAUGAGCAAGAGAGGCGUACGAGAACAGAUGGUCAUCGCCACCAAGUACUCGACCAACUACAUGGGCCGGGUGCCACAGUCAACACAUAUCAUGGCCAACUUCACGGGCAACGGAAGCAAAAACCUUGUCACAUCAGUCAAGGCCAGCCUUCACAAGCUGAGAACCGAUUACAUUGAUCUACUCUAUGUCCAUUGGUGGGACUACUCGACGUCCAUCCCUGAACUGAUGCAAUCGCUCAACAACCUCGUCGUGAGUGGUAAGGUUCUGUAUCUUGGAGUCAGCAAUACGCCUGCCUGGGCCGUCAGCAAAGCGAAUGAGUAUGCACGAAACCACGGUUUGCGUCAGUUCUCCGUAUAUCAGGGUUGCUGGUCGGCAGCGUCACGCGACUUCGAGCGCGAAAUUAUCCCAAUGGCUCAGGCGGAAGGUAUGGCGUUGGUUCCCUGGGGCGCACUCGGCGGAGGCGCUUUCAAGACGGAAGAGCAACGCCAGUCUCAGAGUGCCCCCAAGGUGGAAAUCAGCGAGGCACAUAUCCAAAUCAGCAGAGCUUUGGAAAGGAUUUCCAAGCGCAAGGGGACUAUAAUAACCAGCGUGGCUCUGGCCUAUGUAAUGCACAAGUGCCCGUACGUCUUCCCCGUCGUUGGAGGGCAGACGGUCCAUCACUUAAGGCAGAGCAUCGAAGCCUUGAGCCUAGAGCUUACCGACGAAGAAUUACGCGAGAUUGAGGCCGCUGCUCCUUUCGACAUGGGCUUUCCCCACAAUUUGCUAUGGGGCAGAGGCGGGCUUCCAGCUCAACCGAAUGACUUGUGGCUUUUGAAGAUGGGAGGACACUUUGACUUUGUGCCACUACCCAAGUCCAUAACACCAGCACAAGUGGGGGAAUAGCAUAUUCAGACGAGCAGCACUUUAUGGGAUGAGCUGGUGAUAUUCCUCUGAACGACAUAUCAAAGAAUGAAAAA